GGUUGAUGAAUUAUACGGCUGGGAUCGAGUGUGUACCGAACCGUUGAGCACCCAGCACCAGCCCCAGCCCCAAAGGGGUAGGGCUCCGGCUAUAUAUUCCUGCGCCCAUCCCCAGGGCCAAACCACACAUGCAGUUGUAGUAGCAGCAGACGCACCUUGUAUAGCUCCUCUUGUGGCUCAGGGAGUCAGGGAGGGAAGUAGGGAAGGGGUCUUGGCUUUCUUCUCUCUGACGAAGAGAAGAUCAGCAGAUAUCUCUUGAGCUCUAGCUAGCCCGUCUAGUUAGUCUCUCUCUCCUCUUCCUCUCCUUUCCACUGACACUUUCGUCAACUAACUAUCAGCGAUGGCGUUCUUGUCCAUGGCUCACCCGGCGAUCACCCUCUCCGGCGUUGCAGGAAACAUCAUAUCCUUCCUGGUGUUCCUCGCACCAGUCACGACGUUCCUGCAGGUGUACCGCAAGAAGUCGACGGGUGGGUUCAGCUCCGUGCCGUACGUGGUGGCGCUCUUCAGCUCGGUGCUCUGGAUCUUCUACGCGCUCGUCAAGACCAACUCCAGGCCACUGCUCACCAUCAACGCCUUCGGCUGCGGCGUCGAGGCCGCCUACAUCGCCUUCUACCUCGUCUACGCGCCCCGGAGGGCCAGGGUCAGGACCAUCGCCUACUUCCUGCUGAUGGACGUGGCGGCCUUCGCGCUCAUCGUGCUCGUCACACUCAAAGUCGUUGCCCAGCCCUACCGGGUCAAGUUCCUCGGCAGCGUCUGCCUCGCCUUCUCCAUGGCCGUCUUCGUGGCGCCUCUCAGCAUCAUCUUCAAGGUGAUCAAGACGAAGAGCGUGGAGUUCAUGCCCAUCAGCCUGUCCUUCUGCCUCACCCUGAGCGCCGUCGCCUGGUUCUGCUACGGACUCUUCACCAAGGACCCCUACGUCAUGUACCCGAACGUCGGCGGCUUCUUCUUCAGCUGCAUCCAGAUGGGGCUCUACUUCUGGUACCGCAAGCCUAGGAACGUGAACGCCGUGCUGCCGACGACGACCGAUGGCGCCGCCCCGUCCGUGGGUGGGCAGGUGAUCGAGCUUCCCCCGCACACCGUCGCCAUCCUGUCGGUGAGCGGCUCGAGCCCCAUCCCCAUCCUCGGCGUGCACAAGAUCGAGGUGGUGGACCAGCUCCCGGUGGACUCCACGGCCGUCGACAAGGACCAGCAGCACAAGGCCGCCGCCGCCGCCGCUGAGACCUGCAGGCUGGCGGCGAACGCCGAGGGCAACAAGCUGGAGGUCAUCGAGAUCGUCGCCGCCGUGUGACCGCGUGCCGAUGGACAAUGGACAAGCAGCAAGAGUGGCCGCGCACUCUUGCAAGCAUCAUCAAUAUGGGUGUGUCGUUAAGUUAGUUGGUCUUUAAUUGGUUAAUUAUUGGAUUAUGUCGUGUGAUUAGUUGCCGUUAAGCUGCUGCUUGUGUGCGUCUUACGUAGUUUCGUUGGCACGAAAUUUCAUCUAUACCACCAAUAAGGCGAGCUAGCUAGCUACUAUGCAUGUGUGCGUGUGCUCUAGACCUCUAGUACACCUUGCAGUCUUAUGGUCCUUCGCUGUGUGUAACGCAGUAUCAAUGCAUGAUGGGGAGAUAAGAUUGUAACAGAGGACAGAGCAUCUAUCUUAACAUAUUGUUUUGUGUGAA